CUCGGCGAACAGCCGCAUCAUCUUUGCGCCAAAAGACGACACGGCAUCUGCGGUGCAUGUGCGUGAGGAAGGAGGAGGAACAUCUCCACCGAGGCCCAGACGAUGCAGUGAAAAGGAAGGAGGAGUGCGGACGGGUUUUCGGUGAUCCACGUCGAAGAUGAGCAUCAUCCCGGCCGCGCACGACGACGAACCCCGGGGGGAGACAGGCAUCGGAGGCGCGCCCCCGAGGCUCCAGCAGGGCGCGCAGACCCGCGGCAGCGGUGGCCGAGCCAGAGAUGCCCGGUACCAGCAGAUCCAGCAGCAGCGGCACCACGGCGGCACCAUGCUCAGGCAGCCGGCCCACAACGAGCCUGCCGACGUCGUGAGGCGGGCGCUGGACUUCAAGUGCCAGGGCACCCAGUGCUACAAGGACAAGAAGUACCGGGAGGCCAUCGGCAAGUACCACCGCGCUCUGCUGGAGAUCAAGGGGCUGUGCAGGGUGCUCGGAGACCCGGACGGAGGAGGAUCCAAGUCGCCUUCUCCUCUCCUGGCCGCCAUCAGCAAGUCCAGCCCGCUGACGGAGGAGCAGAAAGGAGCCAUGGAGAACGCCGAGCUGGAAUGUUACAACAGCUUAGCAGCCUGCCUCCUCCAAAUGGAGUUGGUCAACUAUGAGCGCGUGAAGGAGUACUGCCUGAAGGUUCUGCACAAGGAGGGCAAGAACUUCAAGGCCUUGUACCGCUCGGGCGUGGCCUACUACCACCUGGGAGACUACCAGAAGGCUCUCUUCUACCUGAAGGAGUCACACAAACAGGAACCUUCAGACACCAACGUGGUUCGCUACAUCCAGCUGACGGAGAUGAAGAUUCGUCGCAGCGCUCAGAGAGAAAAGAAAGACUCCACAUAAGGCCCCACUUCCUGUGUGCCGCCCACACGCCAAUUUCAUGUUUGUUUUUUUUUUUUUGCCUCACGGCCCCCCCGGGCGGCCCGUUACGUGAUCACCCGCGUGUGCGUGUUGUCGCCACCGCCAGAGAGGACACGCGCAUACGUACGCACACAUGCACGGCGGAGGCCACUUUCUCCUGGGACUUAAAGGUGCUUUCUCACACGAGGACGCCAACAAGCACAGUGUUGCCAUGACAACGUGCACAUGCGUAUUUGUAUCGUGUUGUUAUGCUGCAGAGCUUGGUUGUUUCGACCUUUUUCCACCUGAUGUGACAGCACAUGCAAAUAAAGCACCUCAACC